UUUUAAUAUGACAUUUCAUAUAAUUCAUUUUGAAUAAUUAACCUUUUCUCCGAUGUCACUAUCGUUUCCCAACUCAUAACGGUCAAUCCAAAUUACACCUAGGUUUAAACUUUAAAGGCCGAAGCCUUUUUUCUCUUUCCCUUCUCCCAAUCGUAUUCGGAACUGGACUGGCGACAGAUUAUUCCGCUUUUUCACCGUGGCCCAAUUUCGAAUUUAGUUGGGCCCCUGGACUCAAGUUAACGCCGGCCCAGCCCAUGAAUGCCAGCCAUGUCCACCAUGGACCGAUACUUGCUAAAUUAGGCACAGAGGUCUCUUAAGGAUAUAGAUGUUUGAAUUAGUGAAGAGAGUUUGAAUUUACACGUAACAGAACUCCUAAUAAGCAAAAUAAGAAACAAGACAGGAGAUUCAUGCAUGCAUGCAUGCACGUAUCUGCUACAGCCUUCAUAUAUAGUGUUUACGUAACUAGGCCAGGAGUACGUAGGGUUAGUUAAUUAGCAGAGACGCCAUGGAAGUAAUUACCCAUCAUUUAGAGACGUGUAGUUUAACUAUCGUUGUUUCUGCAACCCAACAAUCCUAUAGCUUCCAAUCCAUCGUCGCAAGUCCGCAUCAGCUCAUCAGUAAGCUGGAGGUUCCUCCCAAAAAAUAUUGAAACUUUCAAUGGUCGGAAAACAAACAAAACCAAACGUCAAGUUGAUUGUUUUGUACAUGAUUCAGGGCUUUGUACUUUUGUUUAGAUUCACAACGAUGGGAUCAAACAGCUUACCUACUACAAUUCGCAAGUCCGGAGCAAAGCUAGAGUUCCUUCGAGAAGACUGCCACUUCUUCAAUGGCGGAAAACAGACAAAACCCUAUAUCAAUCCGAUCGUUUUGUGGAUUGAGGGAAAAGGGUUUUGUACCUUUGUCUAUAUUCACAAUACGUUGGAUCAAACAGCUUCUCUGCACUCAACCCUUUGUACUAAAACAGUACUUCCGUAGCGUAAUCAAACAUGACUUCCCAUACUUUCAUAUUCGUCCUUUCUAGCUACCGUUAGUAUAUAUAAGAACGAUAACACCCACAAGGAAAACCCAUGCAUACAUGCAGCUAAAAUUCCUCCACCUGUAUCAUUUUCUUCCCUACUCAGCUCCCUCUUCUCUCAAACCCUAGCAGCAGCCAACUCCUCCCCCCUGUGUCAUCCUCUUCUUCCUUGCUCCCUCUUCUCUCAAACCCGAACAACAGCCACUUCCUCCACCGUACGUGUGUCAUCUUCUUCAAUUCCUUACUCCCUCUUCCCUCAAACUCUACUCCCUCCGCAAAAUAUUAUCAACCCGACACUAAACCCUCAACUCUAAAUCUUCACCCCUCGCCGCAAAAAAUAUAUAAACCACCCCUCGUCGGCGCGUCGACGACAACUAGGCACAAAGAUGGCGAAACCGGAGGUGCUAUCAACAAUCGCAGCACUUUCAUUUCUGGUUGUGGGAUACGAUUUUGCGACGAAUAGGUACGGGUGGCCGUUGCUGGCGGAGAAUACGGGGGCGGUGGACAUCCACCUUCCCAUACUGGUGGUGGUCCAACAUGUCGCCGCCAUCGUGAGCGCCGCGGCGGCGGGGAUGGGCGCCGACUUCUUCGGCCGGAAAUACCCCCUGGUGGCGGCUGGGGCGCUGUUCUGCGUGGGCAACGUGUUCAAGUGCGGCGCUACCUCGUCGUACGGCCUUCUGCUGACUGGUCAGCUGUUCGCGGGCCUGGGCGCCGGAGUCGCGCUCACGGUCGCUCCGCUGUACAUCGCCGAGCAGGCUCCGGCGGCCCGUCGUGGACAGUACACGUCACUGCCGGAGAUGUGGCAGAACAUCGGAGUGCUGGCGGGCUACUUGAUCCAGAAUAAACUCACACCGUUGCCGGACCACAUCGCACAGAGGUGGAUGUUCGCGAUUCCCAUCGUGCCAUCCAUUCUCCUAAUGAUAGGAAUGUUAGCGAUGCCGGAAUCCCCGCACUGGCUCAUCAUAGCCAGGAUGAGGGUCGACGAGGCGAAGCGGAUCAUGGAAAGCAGCGAGAAAAGCGUGGAGGAAAUCGACCGCAUAGCGGUUCAGAUGGAGUACCUGGCGAACCACAUACCUUCUCUUCGCUUCAUGUGGAAGGACCUCGUGCGACAUCCACUGCGCCGCCUAGCCAUCUCCGUCGCGCUCGUACAAGCGCUUCGACAUCUCGGUGUGGACACCUACUUCGAGCUAGAGUAUUUGGUGACUUUGUACGUGGUCGAGGAGAAGCUCCUGGCCAAAGAGAACGGGACGGUUCUCCUGGUGAAGGCAAUCUGUGCCAUUGUCUCCGUUCGCUUUGCUGACAAAAUCGGGAGUCGGUUCUUGAUGUUGGCCAGCAGUGGAAUCACCAUUUUGUUUCUGCUCGUGUUUGGGUUCCCACUGAGCCACUUCCACGAUGGCUCCCCUCGAGAAGUCUACGCUGGCAGAACCAAAGUGCUCAGCUUGGUGGCGUUCAGUGGGAUCAUGGGCUCGUUCCAGCUUGGGCUGGGGCCCAUGGCAUGGGUCUAUACCACUGAGGCAUUCUUGUACCGAGGUCGAGCCCAAGGAGUUAGCUUCGGGGUUGUUGUCGGCCAAAUCAUCAAACUAAUAAUGUAUUUUGUUUUUCCUCUUUUGUUUUGCUCGCCGCUCUACAUUGCCGGCGCGUGUCUUAUACUUGCCGGCGUAAUGGUUCUGGGACUUGUGUUGUGCUGGCGAUUUGUUAAGGACAGAGUGGGGGAAAUUUUGUUGUAAAUAAUAAAACUAAUAUAUUGUACUUGAGGAUCAAAAUAAUUGUAUUUUUUUGUGGUUGAUUCAUAUUGUCGUAAACCUAUAUCACCCUGGAUUGGUAAUCGGUUGGUUACGGUACCAAUGUACAUCCGGUUUAUCGGAUUGUCGGGUUGCCGGUUACCAGUCUGGUUACUUUCAAACGUGGGGUGCUUAUUUGGUCCAAAAAAGCACCUCCGUCGAAGACCAACAACGAGCAACAAUGCUCGUUUGCAGGUACUGACACGUUGUCUCCACCGACUCGUCCCUCCACCCCACCUUGGAUCUCGACACUCUCUUCGAUUCCGGUGCGAAGUUCUCUUGUUGGUUGUCUCCAGAGUUCAAGAGACGAAUCGAUUCCAUGAUCAUUUUAUCAGGGACGGAACCAAGAUUUUAGGCUAGGAGGGGCCAGCUUUUUUUACAAUUAGAUCAUUCAAAUAUAAAAUAUAAUUGUUGAAGGUGC